AUGACAGCAAAGUUGCAGUAUUUGGAAAGUGAACAAUCUACAGGCUUAAAAAUAAAUGUAAAGAAAACAAAAUCAAUGAGGAUAAAUGUAGCGAAUAACAACAGUUUCAGAAUGUCAGAUGAAGAAAUCAAAGAGGUGGACAGAUUUACAUAUCUGGGAAGUGUCUUAACAAGAGCCGGAGGAGCUGAUGAAGAUGUAAUGUCAAGAAUUACUAAAGCUAAUGCUGCUUUUGUACAGCUGUAUCCAGUGUGGAAGGCUCGUGACAUUUCAACCAGAACCAAGUUGAAGAUAUUUAGUAGCAACGUCAAGUCUGUGUUUCUAUAUGGGUGUGAGACUUGGAAGGUAUCUUCAUCUUUGACACAAAAGCUCCAAGUUUUAAUCAACAGAUGUUUGAGAAAAAUACUGAAGAUCUACUGGCCAGAGGUUAUUUCAAACAGAGAGCUGUGGAAAGAUACAGAUGAAGAACCUGUAGGGAUACAGAUUAAAAAACGCAAGUGGCGAUGGGUUGGACACACUCUUCGUAAAGAUCCAGAUGCUGUAGAGAGGCAGGCCUUGAGCUGGAAUCCUCAGGGGCAUAGACGAAGAGGAAGGCCUCGAAUGACCUGGAGAAGAACUAUAGAAGAAGAAAUAAGAGAUGCAGGGAAAAACUGGAGGGAAGUGAGAGCCUUGGCUGCCAACCGAGUCCGAUGGCGUUUUUUCGUGGAGGCCCUAUGCUCCGCGCAGGAGUGA